GCACCUUGGCGCGCGGAGCUGACACUUUGGCGCGGUUGGCGACGGUGGGGAGAGCUGUAGAGUGUGAAGUUCCUUGUCUGCUGGCAGCCAGAGGCGACGAGUCUGGACCUCAUGGAAGUCCAGACUCUAGUCUGGGCGCGUCCCUUUUGGCUGCAGUGCAAUGGCACGAUCUCGGCUGAUUGCAACCUCUACCUCCUGGGUUCAAGCGAUUCUCCUGCCUCAGACUCCUGACUAGCUGGGACUACAGAUGUGAAAAUACAUAUCAAAAACACUGUGCAGACACCAGAGUCCUGAGAUUGUCAGAGAAUUUCUCACAGCAAUGAAAAGCCACAAGUUGACCAAGAGUUUCACUCUUGUUACCCAGGCUGGAGUACAAUGGCGCGAUCUCGGCUCACUGCAAUCUCCGGUUCAGGCGAUUCUCUCACCUCGGCCUUCCCGAGUAGCUGGGAUUACAGACAUGUGCCACCAUGCCCAGCUAAAUAUGGAGAUGCGGUUUCUCCAUAUUGGUCAGGCUGGUCUCGAACUCCCAACCUCAGGUGAUCUGCCCGCUUCAGCCUCCCAAAGUGCUGGGAUGACAGGCGUGAGCCACCGCACCUGGCCAAGGCACUUGGUUUCUUAGAUCACCCACUUGGCCCUCUUCCAAGUUGUACUUUCCUUCUUUCCUUCCUGUUCUAAAGUUUUUUAAUAUUUUUUUUUUUUUCCUGAAAUGGCAUCUCACUCUGUAGCCCAGGCUGGAGUGCGGUGGUGUGAUCUCAGCUCACUGCAACCUCUGCCUCCUGGGUUCAAGCAUUUCUCCUGCCUCAGCCUCCCGAAUAGUAGGGAUUACAGGUGCCUGCCACCACGCCUGGCUAAUUUUUGUAUUUUUAGUAGAGAUGGGGUUUCUCCACGUUGGCCAGGUUGGUCUCAAACUCCUGACAACAAGUGAUCCUCCUGCCUUGGCCUCCUAACGUGCUGGAGUUUGGAGUUACAGGCCUGAGCCUCUGUGCCUGGCCUGCUUUUUUUUUUAGACUGAGUCUUGCUCUCUCGCCAGGCUGUAGUGCUGUGGUGCGAUCUCGGCUGACUGCAACCUCUGCCUCCCGCGUUCAAUCGAUUCUCCUGCCUCAGCCUCCCGAGUAGCUGGGACUACAGGCGCAUGCCACCAUGCCCAGCUAAUUUUUUAGUAGAGAUGGCGUUUCAUCAUAUUGGCCAGGCUGGUCUCAAACCCCUGACCUCGUGAUCCGCCCACCUCCGCCUCCCAAAGUGCUGGGAUUACAGGUGUGAGCCACUACGCUCGGCACUGGCCUGCUUUUUGACAAGCUUUUACUACUGCUCUGCAGCUUACCUCCCUCUGGCUUUCUGCCUUAUGCCCCUCAGUGCAAUUCUUUCUUCUGAGGAGGCAAGAAUUGAGGUUGUUGCUGAUGUGUAGGGAUUCACCACCCGGAAUCCACCAGUAACAGGUCGAGGAUGCUAGUCGAAAAUGUUAUGUAAGCUGCAUGCUUUUUACAAAUGGUAGUGGUUCUCAUGUCCAGCAAUGGCCACUGCACCGUCCCUGUAUGAAAGUUCCCUCCACAAAUCUAUGUCUCCUUUGCUGUCUCCAGAUCUCCUCCUCUACCUCUCCCACACGGUGCCUUCCCUACUGGAGUAAACUGGGGUCCCGCAGGGCACCCUUUCCCUGCAAUUUUUUUUUUUUUUUUUUUUGAGACAGAGUCUCGCUCUGUUGCCCAGGCUGGAGUGCAGUGGUGCGAUCUCGGCUUACUGCAGCCUUUGCCUCCCGGGUUCAAGCGAUUCUCCUACCUCAGCUUCCUGAGUAGCUGGGAUUACAGGCACGCACCAUCACGCCCCGCUAAUUCUUUUUUUUUUUUUUUUUGUAUGUUUACAAAAUAGGGACGGGGUUUCAUUAUCUGUUGGCCAGGCUGGUCUCGAACUCCUGGCCUCAAGUGAUCUGCCCCCCUCGGGUUCCCAAAGUGCACCUGGCCUCUCUCCCUGCAUCUUUAUGUGCCUGCAACACCAAGAGGGAGCUCUUGGCCCCUGGGUUAAGGUCAGGGCUCCAGAAGCCCAGGGUCAAGGCUAUGGCCGCAUCCCAAGGACGUGCAUCCCUGCAAGAGGCUGCAUCAGACAGGCAUGGAAGAGGCGCCGCUGGGGCCUCCUUGAAUUCCUGCUGGGAAAAGCAAGUGGAGGUGCUCCUUGAAGAAACAGGGGGAUCCCACCGAUCUCAGGGGUUCUGUUCUAGCCUGCGGCCCUGGAUCGUCCAGCCUGGGUCGGGGUGGGGAGCAGACCUCGCCCUUAUCGGCUGGGGCUGAGGGUGAGGGUCCCGUUUCCCCAAAGGCCUAGCCUGGGGUUCCAGCCACAAGCCCCACUGGGCAGCGCCCGGCCCCGCCCCUCCAGGCCUGGCACUCGUCCUCAACCAAGAUGGCGCGGAUGGCUUCAGGUGCAUCACGACACCGGCGCGUCACGCGACCCGCCCUACGGGCACCUCCCGCGCUUUUCUUAGCGCCGCAGACGGUGGCCGAGUGGGGGACCGGGAAGCAUGGCCCGGGGGUCGGCGGUUGCUUGGGCGGCGCUCGGGCCGUUGUUGUGGGGCUGCGCGCUGGGGCUGCAGGGCGGGAUGCUGUACCCCCAGGAGAGCCCGUCGCGGGAGUGCAAGAAGCUGGACGGCCUCUGGAGCUUCCGCGCCGACUUCUCUGACAACCGACGCCGGGGCUUCGAGGAGCAGUGGUACCGGCGGCCGCUGUGGGAGUCAGGCCCCACCGUGGACAUGCCAGUUCCCUCCAGCUUCAAUGACAUCAGCCAGGACUGGCGUCUGCGGCAUUUUGUCGGCUGGGUGUGGUACGAACGGGAGGUGAUCCUGCCGGAGCGAUGGACCCAGGACCUGCGCACAAGAGUGGUGCUGAGGAUUGGCAGUGCCCAUUCCUAUGCCAUCGUGUGGGUGAAUGGGGUCGACACGCUAGAGCAUGAGGGGGGCUACCUCCCCUUCGAGGCCGACAUCAGCAACCUGGUCCAGGUGGGGCCCCUGCCCUCCCGGCUCCGAAUCACUAUCGCCAUCAACAACACACUCACCCCCACCACCCUGCCACCAGGGACCAUCCAAUACCUGACUGACACCUCCAAGUAUCCCAAGGGUUACUUUGUCCAGAACACAUAUUUUGACUUUUUCAACUACGCGGGACUGCAGCGGUCUGUACUUCUGUACACGACACCCACCACCUACAUCGAUGACAUCACCGUCACCACCAGCGUGGAGCAAGACAGUGGGCUGGUGAAUUACCAGAUCUCUGUCAAGGGCAGUAACCUGUUCGAGUUGGAAGUGCGUCUUUUGGAUGCAGAAAACAAAGUCGUGGCGAACGGGACUGGGACCCAGGGCCAACUUAAGGUGCCAGGUGCCAGCCUCUGGUGGCCGUACCUGAUGCACGAACGCCCUGCCUAUCUGUAUUCAUUGGAGAUCCGAGGGAAGGGCUUCGACUGGCCGCUGCUGGUGAAGGACUUCAACCUGCUUCGCUGGCUUGGUGCCAACGCUUUCCGUACCAGCCACUACCCCUAUGCAGAGGAAGUGCUGCAGAUGUGUGACCGCUAUGGGAUUGUGGUCAUCGAUGAGUGUCCCGGCGUGGGCCUGGCGCUGCCGCAGUUCUUCAACAACGUGUCUCUGCAUCACCACAUGCAGGUGAUGGAAGAAGUGGUGCGUAGGGACAAGAACCACCCCGCGGUCGUGAUGUGGUCUGUGGCCAACGAGCCUGCGUCCCACCUAGAAUCUGCUGGCUACUACUUGAAGAUGGUGAUCGCUCACACCAAAGCCUUGGACCCCUCCCGGCCUGUGACCUUUGUGAGCAACUCUAACUAUGCAGCAGACAAGGGGGCUCCGUAUGUGGAUGUGAUCUGUUUGAACAGCUACUACUCUUGGUAUCACGACUACGGGCACCUGGAGUUGAUUCAGCUGCAGCUGGCCACCCAGUUUGAGAACUGGUAUAAGAAGUAUCAGAAGCCCAUUAUUCAGAGCGAGUAUGGAGCAGAAACGAUUGCAGGGUUUCACCAGGAUCCACCUCUGAUGUUCACUGAAGAGUACCAGAAAAGUCUGCUAGAGCAGUACCAUCUGGGUCUGGAUCAAAAACGCAGAAAAUACGUGGUUGGAGAGCUCAUUUGGAAUUUUGCCGAUUUCAUGACUGAACAGUCACCGACGAGAGUGCUGGGGAAUAAAAAGGGGAUCUUCACUCGGCAGAGACAACCAAAAAGUGCAGCGUUCCUUUUGCGAGAGAGAUACUGGAAGAUUGCCAAUGAAACCAGGUAUCCCCACUCAGUAGCCAAGUCACAAUGUUUGGAAAACAGCCCGUUUACUUGAGCAAGACUGAUACCACCUGCGUGUCCCUUCCUCCCCGAGUCAGGGCGACUUCCACAGCAGCAGAACAAGUGCCUCCUGGACUGUUCACGGCAGACCAGAACGUUUCUGGCCUGGGUUUUGUGGUCAUCUAUGCUAGCAGGGAACACUAAAGGUGGAAAUAAAAGAUUUUCUAUUAUGGAAAUAAAGAGUUGGCAUGAAAAUGGCUACUGAAAA